AGACCUAAUCACCUUGCAGAAUGGCAAGAAAUUCUUCAAGAUCCUGUUGUUGCUGGUUCCAAUCAUUUAUGCAGGUAUUUACUGUGUUGGCUCACUAUCGUCCAGGAGAUUAGCAGAGGGACUAGCAUCACAGGAAACAACAGAGCUACACGAAACAGAGCUGAAGUCACUGUGGCAGUCACAUACUUCAUUGGAAGAAAAAGUCCAUGAAAUAGAACAUAUUAAAGAGCAGAUGCAGCAUCUGCGUGCAGAGAUCAAUGGUGUGAUGGAGGGCAUCCUGCAUUCUGUUCAAGAAAUCCUGGAGGAGAGUGACAUCCCAGGAGAGAACAGGGAUCAAGUGCUAGAGAUGAUAAAUGUAGCAUUUAAGAAGGUUUAUGAGGACCAUAUCCAGAUGCCUGACUGGGCUCAGAAAUCCAUAGGUGCCACCAUUGAUACAGGCAGAACAUCUAAGAGUUUUGAACUUGGGAGAACAGAGGGGUGUUGUUUUGGUUCAUGGUUCUUUUCUUCUGCAAACCCUCCAGAUACUAUUUUACAGCCAGACGUUCACCCUGGAAACUGCUGGGCUUUCCAAGGAUCUCAGGGUCAGGUAGUAAUUAAGUUGCCUGAAAAAAUUUACCCAACCGCUGUUACACUCCAGCACAUCUCUAAGGCAAUCUCUCCCUCUGGAGAUGUAACUAGUGCCCCAAAGGAUUUUGCUGUAUGUGGACUGGAUGAGGAAACUGGGAAAGAAACUCUACUGGGAACUUUUAUGUAUGACUCAGGAAAAGAGACCAUUCAAACUUUCCAACUGAAGAGUGAACUUUCCAAAUCUUUUGUUUACAUAAAAUUCAAUGUGCUGAGUAACUGGGGCAACCCAGAGUACACUUGUGUUUAUCGAGUCAGGGUACAUGGGAAGAUGACAGACAAGGGCUGA